UAAAUUAUAGAAUUUUGGGUUCUUUUUCAUUUUAGGCUUUGGCAAUGAAAGAAUUAAAAAAAUAAAAAUCACUUAGUAUAUAAGUUCUUGGAGAUUUGAUGAGAUAAUUUCAAUGUAUUUGAUGUCUAUGUUGCGCGGAUUCUCCAAAACCGCUGUCGCACCCCCAUCCAUGUCGAAUCCUCCAAAAAUAUAAUACUUUUGGAGGAUCCGGCAUGCACCCAUCGACAUUUUCGGAAAGUCCGAGCAACAUAGUUUGAUGUUAAUUAGCCCCUAUUUCUGAGUUGUGAUUCAUGCAAAGUUUGGUGCUCGCACCAAUAAAUGUUACAGUAUCAAAUUAGUGUGUUGUGGAUGUACAAAGCUGCAUAUGUUGGGAAGACACUUGAGAGACUACUCAAAUUGCCAGAGAAUCGAGAAUGUGCCGACUGCAAAAGCAGAGGUCCAAGAUGGGCUAGUGUGAACUUGGGAAUCUUCAUAUGCUUGCACUGUUCGGGUGUUCACAGGAGUCUUGGCGUACAUAUAUCAAAGGUACGAUCUGCUACAUUGGACACCUGGCUUCCCGAGCAGGUUGCAUUUAUACAAACAAUGGGAAAUGAGAAAUCAAAUAGCUAUUGGGAAGCCAAGCUGCCUCCGAAAUCCAACAGAGUUGGUAUUGAAAAUUUUAUCCGAUCAAAAUAUGUGGAGAAAAGAUGGAUACCACGAAACGGGAAUGUGAAAGCAUCUCCUUGUGCGAGAGGAGAACAUAAUUCGGCUAGUAAACCUGGGACUGACCGGGAUACAGAGUAUAUCAAGCGGAAUAUUGUACCUCCUGAAUUACCUAAGCAGAUUGUCGCUGAUCCUAAGCCAAAAGUUGUUCAGAAUGCAAAACCAGUAGCCGCUGUGGAAGACGCAAAGCAAAAAGCAAAUGUUUCUCCUGAUUCCCAUCAAAAGGUUCUUCAGAAUGUAGUACCGUCAAUCUCUCAAGUCGCAAAAGCAAAACCUGAAGCGAAUUUAUCCGCAACUGUUUCAACAGCUAGCAACAACUAUGCUGCUGACUCAAAAGGAAAUGGAUCUGUUCUAACGACGCAUCCGAUAGGAGUGCCCCAACCGGCGGAAGCAAAAACAGUAAUCGAUCAGAAUGCCAGUUCUACUGUUAUAGAAAACAAGAACAAAUUUGAUGCUGGAAUUGAGGAACUGAUAAAAGAUUUUCAAUGGAAUACCCAGCCUAUCUUAGAAAACCCCUUGCAAAAUGUGAAGAAUGAGCAAGAAAAGUCGCUGAAUCCACAGCAACCUCCUUUCGUGCCUACUACGGUAAAUCAUUUUGGUGGUCCUCAAACCUUGUAUCAAGCUUCAAAUGGGAACCAGCAAUUUUAUCAGGUCUGUGGAACUAAGCAGAUGGGAAGCGCUCAAUAUUUACACGCAUCUACGCCAUCACCCUAUGCUCGAAACCCCAGCAUGUUUUCUGCAAUGCCAGUAGCUCUAAUGAAUGGAAUAACACCAACAGGAGCUAUUAGACCUUUGCCAAGUUUGCCAGCAGUUUCAGUUGAUCCAAUGCAAUCAGGAUACCGUUAUGAUUUCUCAUCGUUAACGCAUGAAAUGUUAUCAAGACGAUAAAUUAUCGCUGGAUUUAUAUUGCUUCUCCAUUUAUCUAAAAUCUGCAAAUAUUGUAAAUGUUAGAACAGUUCCACAGUGACUUCUCCCAUUUUUUCUUGGAGGUGUUAAACAUAACAGGGAACUAAGCUAUGGUACCAUCAAUUAUUGGUUGAUCCAUGUUAUAGCAAGUUGUUCUUUUAUUAGACAUGGUAGAAUUUUUUCAUAUAUUAGAUAAACUGAAAAUGUGGUUC